UGUAUGUACCUACCUCUAUCUGGAAAGUGUUUUGUUUUAGGUAGGUACACCAAUACGUAUUUCUUUCUCCCUCCGGUAUUAGACGAGAAAUGGAAACUACUACCUUCUGGAGGGUGCCUUCCUAAGCUGCGUGUCUGCCGGCAGUGCCGCCUUCCUCAUCAACCCCUUACCGGCCAUAUGGGUAUCUAUGGGCGUUUCUCCCGUCACCUCAGCCUAGGACUACUAACCUACGCCCUGCAACAUCCCUUUCCGAGCCCCCCAUCUUCUUUCUUUUUUCUUCAACAACCAAAGAGCGCAACCCACGAUUAUCCUACUCUGCAUUGUGUUGUGUCUGCAUCAUCAAGAUUUUUUCUCUUAUUCACUGCCCAUUAGUCGACAAGAUUUCUGCGCCAUGACAGACACCUCUCCCGUCAACCUGGACGACAAGUCUGAUCUUCUCGCCUUCUUGGCCACUCUGCCCCGUCAAGUUCUUCGCCGUGCUCUUGCCGCCGAUGAACGGCAACAUAUCAAUGUCUCCGCUGGGAUGCAACAAAUCUCAGCUCUUGGCCAGGACUUCAUCAUGGACACUACCAACUACACGUUGCCCAUCUUCACUCAGACACUUCCGAAUCUCGGUCAUCUUACGGCCGAACAAGAUCAAAAUAUUAUCGCUGCAGCACCGGAGGUUCAACCAGAGGCAACCAAGACCAGAAGUCUUCGCCCGCUAAAUGCUUUCAUGGCCUUCAGAUCCUGGUAUUCGCGAAUUUGCCCGGAUGCUCCACAGAAGGAUAUUUCUUCUCUCAUUACCAAAUUGUGGGAGAAAGAUGGCUUCCGCAACUCAUGGUCUCUCGUUGCGAAGAUGUACUCCAGCAUUCGCGACAUUGUCGGGAAAGACAAUGUCAGCCUGAAGGAAUUCUUGGCCGUCGCCUGUCCUAUCAUGCAUCUUGUUUCCCCCGCCGAUUACCUCGAUACUUAUCAUUGGGAAAUCCGGGUGGAUCAAGAUGGCAUGCGAGAACUUUGCCAGAAUGAAGACACGGCGAAACAAAUUAUCGCCGUCCGACUUCAGAAGGCUGUUCCCGCUACAGAGAUCGAUCUUCUUCACGAGGUUCUCAAGACUGGUUUUAUGCCAAAUCACGCCCAAGUACUCAUCCAGCAGAUGACUGUAAAUUUCAUGGGAGUUAUGAUAACCACUGGCGGUAACAAGAUCGAGCGUUUUGCAAAUGUUCUUCUUGAUAACCCGAACGCGACCGCGGCGAAAGUCUUUGGGGGUCUUCAUCAUGUUUCGUCUGUCAACAUCACACAGGUCGAUAACUUUGAGAACGUUGAGGAAGGCCGCGUUCUCGCAACAAAUUCGUCUACCUUUCAGGAGGGAGGGUUCAAUUUCGACAACAGUCCAUCUGAAACCUUGUCUCCAAAUGAUGGAAAUCGCAGCCAGCUUACCGACCCUGUCCAGUCGCCCUUGGUAGAGAAUGAUGGCACUCUCGCGGAUACGGAUCUGUUUUCUGCCUAUGAGAUGGCAGCCUUCCAGCAACUUGACAAUGCUGCUAUAGAAUCUUCUUUUGAGGGUCUCCAGGGCUAUGAUCCGGAAGAUGUUUUCGGCUUUAAUUCGUCACUCAACCAGCCAACUUUUGGUGACGUCGACUGGCGGAGAAUUUGCAAGUGGCACUACCGCUUUCCCGCAUUUCUUCUAAGUGGUUCCAUGGUGCAAAAAGGUUGA